AUGACAGGUGUAUCUGGAUGGAGCGAGGAGGAGGAAGAAAAGGAAGAUGGGGUAAUAUCACAGAACACCUACCAGAAGAGGGAACUGGUAGUAGGUCCCAGAGAAGCGACAACUGAGUACAUCACCCCAGAGGAACAAAACAACACAGAGGUGGUGGCUCAGUUAGGAGGUACUGCCACCAUCAAAUGCUACACAUACUUCCUGGGCGACGAGAUGGUCACGUGGAUGAAGCGUGACGAGGACCAGCUACUGACGGCGGGGGGUGAGGUAUACUCGUCCGAGAAGAGGUACUCCGUCGCCCACGUCAGACACCAGAAGCUCUGGGAGUUAUCUCUGAGGGACGUCCGGAUGAGUGACGCGGGCCUGUAUGAGUGUCAGCUGACCACUCAUCCCCCAGCCUCGCUUUUCUUCACUCUAAAAGUUGUCGAGGCUCGAGCUGUAGUUGCAGGUGGACCGGAAGUUCACGUACACACAGGAGUCAAGUUACGUCUGCACUGUACCGUAGAGUUGGCUACAGAACCUCCCGACUACAUCUUCUGGUUUCAUAAUGACACCAUGAUUAAUUAUUUACCCAAACGGCCACUGAAGGUCGUCAACCACCACUUUGCUAGUUCUCUCGUCAUCUCCAACGUCACCUGGGCGGAUGCUGGGUCCUACCGCUGUGAACCUCACCUGGCAACACCCGCCAACCUCACGCUGCAUGUUGUUGAAGGAGAAAAACAUGCGGCUCUGCACAACGGUCAUAGUGAGGGGGCAGAGCAAGACACCACAGCCGCCGCCGACUCCGCCCACCUCUCCCCACUCAUGGUCGCCGCCGCCGCCUCCUGCUUGUUGAUAUUCGCCUCCGCUGGUCACCUUUACACGCUAGACAGUGAUUGGUCGUAGUUAUGGUUGUGAUUUCUGUUGCAAUAUCCGCAUAUUUAUACCAUGAUGUUUGUACUGUUUAAAUCUUACGAGAAUAAGAACUACUUUUGACGAUAAUUGUAAUGAUCUUUUAUGUGAUGUGUACAAUGUCCAUGUUACUAUGGUGGGAGAGCAAAUUGGUUCGAGGUCAAAUGAGAGACUAAAGUUGACAUCUACAGAGGAAACCUUUGACUGCUUAGAUGAAUAAUACAACUUCACCCAAGAUAAUACAAUAAUACAAAUACUGUACAGAUUAUGCACCGUUGUCUUCGUGUGGGUUAGGUUAGUUUUUUUUUUUUAAUAAAUUUCGAUUUUUUUAUAUACAAUUGUGUUUCGACGCAAUUGAUUUUCCCAGAAUAAUUUUUUUGUAAUACCAUAAGGAAUAGAAGCGAGAUUAACAUUAUACUCAGUUGUAAAUCUUAGAACAGAAAAUAAAUUGACGUGACAGUGACAUACAAAUAUAUAUAUAUAUAUAUAUAUAUAUAACUAUUAAAAGAAGAAGAAAAACGAGAAAAAGGACGAAAAACCAAAAAAAAAAUAAGAUUAAAGAAAUCUUAUUUGACAUUAAUCUAACCAACAGAACCUGACACACAACUCAUUACUUUCUUAAGCCAGAAAAAAAAUCAAUUAAGUUCUUACAGAUGACAGGUGUGAGAACUCGCCCACGUUACAGCUUUCAGUAAAUGCUAAGUCAACUCUCCCAUCAACUUUCUAUCUCAUACCCCGAGUUGUGGCUACGCUGGGCGGGGUGGGCGGUGGGAAGGAGGGAAUGUCGAGUAUCUCAUAACCUCAAAAUGUGUUGGAAUGAUUAAUGGAAAUUUGAGGAUCGAUUUCUUCUUUUUUUCUGUGGAAUUUUUAUCUUAAUUUAGAAUGAGAGAAGGACAUGUGAUUCUUGCCAUAGAGAGUCUCAGUGAAAUUUUGAUCACCAUCUAAAAAAAAUCACAAUAAUUACUAAUAAUUUCAUUUAAACUAAUGAAAAAUAACUCAAAGAAGACUGUAAGCUCACGUUUAUAAAUUACCUUUGACGUAACGAUUCAUUAGAGGAGAUGAUUUAUGACUGCUAAAUUAUUCAUAAACUCAUUAACUUAUUCAUUAACACGUAGGGUAAUGAACACACACGUAUGAAUACCUGUGUAGGGAGGAAGAGAAGUGGAUGGACAGGUAACAAAAUGACAAACGACCGACAAGAGGGUGAAAAGAGAGAAAGAGAGAGAGAUAGAGAGAGACGGCAAUGUUAAAGGGGAAGAACGAGAGGAAGAGAGAGCAGUAAGGAGUGAUUGAUGAGGUGAGAGAGUGGAGAAGGUGUUGGUGAAUGAGGAAGAGGAAGAGGAUGAAUAACAGGUGGGAGAAGAAGGGAAGUUGAGGGUUUGGGAAGAUGAGAAAGAGGAAGAGGAGGAGGAGGGGAAGAGUGAAGAGGAGUUGAGGUAGGAGACUAAAGAGGAGCGAGAAGAAGAAGGUGGGUGUUAAUUAGUCAUCCCACACAGUUAAGAACAUCCCCCAGGUGUGAGAAACACGUAAGGAACAGAAGGAAUAAACAGGAAUUAUUACAUCAAGGGAGAAAGAUACGAAGAUAAGAAUGAAGUAAACAAGAUUAAAGGAAGGAAGGAAGGAAAUAGAGGAACACGCAAGAUGAUAAAUGGGAAGACACUAGAGAGAAAAGACUGUGGAAAAAAUGAGUUGUAGAAGGAAUACUUGUGCUUAGUAUUUUUUUAUUGACGUCUUAAGUUUCAUUAUCAACCUAACCUAGUGUGUGUGUAUGUGUGUGUGUGUGUGUGUGUGUGUGUGUGUGUGUGUGUGUGUGUGUGUAUGUAUGUCUGACGCGCACACACACAUUAUUAUACACACGUCUGCUAUCAAUCUCAUAGUAUUAACAUCAACAAUCAACCCGGCAGGCGUCCUUAGCAACCAUCAACAUUCGUAGCAUUUGAUUGGUUGUUGGUUGCUAUGUGAUUCAUGACGUAACUCACUCAACAACCAAUAAACUGCUGCUAUAGGAUCUGACGGGUGCUAAGGUCACCAGAACUUAUAAGAGUUUCCUUUAGAAGUUCAUCAGUAGAGGUUAGUAUUCCUUCCCACUCUAUUAUGGAAGCUACGCCAGACGAAGGUUUAAGUCAUCAUUUGCCAGCACUGGAGAUCUGUAUAAUGACCCACUUUUCUGUAUCGGGAAUAUUUUUACCUUUUUUUUAUCAAUUUUUUCUUAUCAAAUUUGGUUUCAUUUAUGUAAUUGUUUUUGUGUAGACGAUUAUGUGUUUGUAAAGAAACACAUUUAUUAUAAAGGAACUGUGUUUGUUCGAUUGUGUUUGCUCUCUGGUGCUUAACGAACAACAAAAUAAUAAUGUCUCUUAUUUCUCUUGUCGACAAAUACUAUCAUUAACGUUAAGUGUUAAUCCUACAGUUGUAACAUUGAUUUCCGCCAGGUCAUGUAAACAUCCUGGUUCCUUUAGUUUAUAGGUGUAAAUAAUUUUCCACCUACAUAUAACAUCACAGGUAGAAUGAAUUAGCUGGAGAAAUAUUACAUCAUAAAAACGUAAGAAUAACAUAAGGCUUCUAUUAAAUGUGUAAUGUGAUAGUAAUUGAGACAAUCUUUAUCAAUUUCCAUCUUCAGGUAAUAAAUUAUAUACAUCAUUACAACCAUGAAUUUACCUGUGUACAUUAUAGGAUCUCAUUAUAAUAACUCAUUCGUUUGAUCCUCUUUACAGUAAAAAAAAAAAUCAUCAUACAUCUAGUUUGUUGGAUAUUACAGCUCAUUCAACCUGGAACUAAUCUACAUUAGGCUGUAAUGUAAAAGGGUGUACUAUAACAUUUUCAUUAAUCCUUGAAUGACAUCAUGGUACUCCGGGAUACCACCAAACGCAUCCCAGUUUAUAGCUGUAUAUCUCGUGUUAUGACGCAAUUGAGAGAGAGAAUAUAUUUUACAGCUUAAACACCGAAUACCUGUACAGUACUUAUUUACGAAUGUGAGUUGAUUGAUUUUUGUUUUACCUUCUGAUACUAAAUGGUAAAAGAAAAUGAUCUAACACAACUUACUUCUUUGUGUAUUUAUAUAAAGUAACCAUGAUAGUUAAAGCGAAAUGUGUAAUGUUGUUUAAUGAUUACCUGUAUAAAGAUUAAUAGGUAAACUAAUCACCCGGAAGAGUCAUUAUACCAGUGUUUUAUAAUCGUGAACGUUCAUCCUCCUUUUCCUCAUCAUCGUUAUAAGCACAGUUCAUUGUUAUCGUUAUGGUGUCAAUUGUUUACGCUGAUUCACAACAACAACAACAUCAAAAUUCAUGUGUAGAUGAAGCCAAUUCGGUGACAAGUGUAUUAUGGGGUUUACUAUAAACUUUCCUGCCAUAACUCUCGGGUGACGGAAGGUUCUGGGUUAGCUACUCCAGUUUGUGUGUGUGAGAGAGACAUGGUUCAAGGUUUAUUUUUUUGGUGGUGGGAAGAAGUUAAGUCUCUCUCUCCCUUAGCUUUUCUUUUUACUCAACAACUCCCUACCGAAGUUUCCUUACGUCAACAAAUUUCACUCACUUUCAGACAAGUAAAGCUGAACAUAUAAACAAACUUCCUGAUGGACCUUAGUUUACUUUCUGCCCGGUCACACACACACACACACACACACAGACAGACAUACACAUACACACACACACACACACACACACACACAGACA